AUGGCUAAGAAUUCUAACUACACUCAGCAGAAUCAUCAAGAUCACACACGAUACUUGGAUAUGCUAAAAGCAGAAUUUCAACAAAAAUACAAUUGUCCACCAACUUUUGAGAAAAAAGUUGAAGACUACGAUCAAAUUAAAGGCAUUGGGAGCGGAGCCUACGGAGAGGUAUUCUUAGUAAGAGAUAAAGCGGCGUUCACUUACCACGCUAUGAAAGCAGUUGAGAAAGCCGUUGUCGUAGAAAGGAAACACGUUAAACAUCUGUUGUUAGAAAAGAAAAUUCUUCAGUGUAUCCAAUUUCCAUUCGUUAUUACGUUAGAUGCAGCCUUUAAAGACAACGUUUACUUAUAUUUUAUAUUACCUUUUGUUGCUGGAGGGGAGAUGUUUACCUACAUACAGAAAUAUGGAAGUUUUUCAGAUUCACUGUCGAAAUUUUAUGCAUCGCAAAUAUGUUUAGCCUUAGAAUAUUUGCAUCACUGUGAGGUUAUUCAUAGAGAUCUUAAACCAGAAAAUAUUUUAAUAGAUAACAAAGGCUAUAUAAAGUUGGUUGAUUACGGUUUUUGUAAGGUAGUAAAAAAGAAAACAUGGACAUUAUGUGGCACUCCCGAGUAUUUGGCACCAGAGAUCAUACUUUCCAAAGGUUAUUCGUUUCCUGUGGACUGGUGGGCUUUCGGAGUCUUGAUUUACGAAAUGCUCGCUGGAACACCCCCAUUUUUUGCUUCGGAUCCAAAUAAAUUAUAUGAAAAGAUUUUGUCUGGUCAUUAUAAAUGUCCUGAUGGGAUUGAUAACGAUUGUAAGAAUCUUAUACGAAGUUUAUUGCAAGUGGAACCAGCGAAACGGUUAGGCACACGAAAGACUGGCGAUUACGACAUCAAAAGUCACGCGUGGUUCAAUGACGUGCCGUGGCAGGUGAUCCUGCACCAGCGGGCCGAGCCCCCCAUGAAGCCCGUGGUUCCCUCCCCGGGCGACACGAGCAACUUCCCGGAGGUGGAUCAAAUUAAGCUAAAAAGAGCUUCGACAUGCCUCUAUGAGAGCGAGUUUCUUGAAUUUUGA